UUUCUGAACGGUGUAUGCAAGCAAUUGCGAACAGCGGCGUCCUUCGACAGGGGAAGCAAUGCUUUCUCCCUCUCCGCACGCAAGAAACUCCCUUCCUUUCCGUUCCUCCCUUCGCUAACCUUAAAAUUCUUAGUUCAGGGUGUUGUCUCUCAGAGGAACGGUUUCCCUUUCCCCUCUCUCUCUCUCUCUUAUACUAUCAGGGUGUUGUCUCUCAAAGGAAAGGAACGCUUUUCCUUUCCUUCUCUCUCUCUCUCUCCCUCUCUCUCUCUCUCUCUAUGGAAGGUAGUCAGUACUUGGUCGGCGUCCCUCGGCCAGACUCUUUCCUACCAUUGUUACGCUCGUCCAAAUGGAUGAAGAAGACGACCGCUAAUGCAAGUUUUACCAGUAUUUUUACCUUCAAAGCACGAAAGGGUCCGGCUCAUUGUGGCGCCCCAAGCAGCACCUGCGCCCUGAAACAAAAGAAGCCCCGCCCCACCAACAGCAGAGCAUCCCCCUGUGUAUUCAAAAUCCGUUGCUGUGCCAAGGAUAAAUCGGAGAAACCGGCUGUCGCUUCGAACUCUACUUCUCCUCCGGCGCCGCGAAAUGCAGGAUUGGCCACUGAAACAGCAGCCUCUGAAGGUUUGGUCUUUGAUUUGGGUAGCAAUGGCUCCUGGGAUUCUUGUGAAAUUGGCUCCCCAAUAGUUAGGAGAUACCUAAGCGAUGACGAAGAGAGGUGGUACAUGUGGUAUCACGGGAAAGGGGAGAAUUUGUCGGAUUCCGUCGGGUUGACGGUUUCUUCCAACGGGAUCCACUGGGAGAGGGGGCCUGCAAGUGCGAAGACUGCUCAGGAUGUUGGGCAAGUAAUGCAUUGCAGCAACGACUGGUGGGCCUUUGAUACACAGAGCAUCAGGCCCUCUGAUGUAUUGAUCAUGUCGAGUUCGAAGAUCAGGGCAACCAGUGGCGUCUAUUGGCUGUACUAUACUGGUUUUAGCUCUGAAACUGUUGAAGUUUCAGGCUAUUCCAGAUUGCCAAUACAGAAUCCGGACAGGAAUUCUGCCGAAGCUCUCGGUUAUGAUACUAAAGGGGUGGUUUACAAGUCGCUGCCGGGCCUGGCCAUAAGCCAAGAUGGGCGGCAUUGGGCAAGGAUUGAAGGGGAGCACCACAGUGGGGCUCUCUUUGAUGUCGGAGACGAAGGUGAAUGGGACUCUUCCUUUAUUGCAUCACCACAGGUGGUUGGUCACAGUGGUGAUGAUCUGAGGAUGUACUAUCACUCGUUCGACCUGAGAAGCGGCGUCUUCUGUGUUGGGGUAGCCAGGUCUAGGGAUGGGAUCAGGUGGGUGAAGCUGGGAAAGAUCAUGGGUGGAGGUCCACCGGGUUCCUUCGACGAACUUGGCGUUACAGCCAGGCAUGUGGUUAGGAAUACCCGGGGCGGCGGGUAUGUGAUGGUCUAUGAAGGAAUCGCCAGAGAUGGUCGGCGGCGAAUCGGCGUGGCAGAAUCUGCUGAUGGUUUAAAGCAGUGGAAGCGGAGGGAUGAGCCUGUACUGCAGCCGUCGGUGGAGGAUAAUGGAUGGGAUAAUCAUGGCGUGGGGCAUCCCUGUUUGGUUCAGAUGGAUGAUGCUGAUGAAUGGAGAUUGUAUUAUAGAGGCACAGGAAAAUCUGGCAGAACAGGUAUUGGAAUGGCAACAUCCGGAGGAAAUGGGAUCUCAAGUUUCAGAAGAUGGAAAGGUUUUCACCUGUAAUUUGCUCCCACCUUUUUUAAGAUUUGUCAGUUUAUUUUUUGUCAUUUUCUUUUGAAUUUCCAUACUUCGUGUACGCUUUAGUUGGAUUAUUCGUUUCUGACACAUUCACAAUGAUCAAUCACCAUAAUAAGAAUUGGACGCUCAGGUGCAAGUGCCA